AUGCCCCAGAAGUCUUCAGAUGCAGAGGAUGGGCUGAUUUCCACGGAAUCAUAUGAAACGCCUCCCACUUCUAAGCGCAGGAGGAUCUCAAAGAGCGAACUAGAGGAGUUGACAAAUCAGCCCUCUCGUGCGAGUAUUGGAAAUGCACCUCCAGGAGAGGAUAAUCGUCAAAACAAAACACAAGAGACCCAUUCAAUCCCUACCGACGAGACCAGCAUCUCGAAGGAUACGUCAGUUGAGGAAGCUGAUGAUGAGUGGCUAUCAACCGAUGACGAUAGUUCACCUCUUCACGCAAUGCCCAAGAAGUUCGCGAGUUCAACAGUCAUGUAUCAAGAGAGAACGACAGAAGAGGAUGUUGACGAUCGAACAUCUCAUGGAGAGCUCGAAAACAGUGGCCAUACUAAGAUUAGGGGGAACCCUUCGAGUGCAAAGCAACCCAAGAAGACCAGGAGGGCCAAUGUGGACAUCACUCAUGUGAAUUAUGAGUCAAUCGAGAAGAACAAAGAGAGCUAUGUGCCUACAGAGAUCCAUGCUUCGACUCACCAGGCUAAGGUGAAGAACCGCGCAAGCCCCAAAAGCCUUAAAUCCCCUGCUAGACCACUUGAAGAAGAGGUCGUCAAUCAACUUUCUCAUGCUAGCCUCGAACCCAUCAGCACCGAAAAGGUUACUCGAACAUGCGGUACUACAAAAUUGAAGCCCGGAAAGGGCAAUGAAGAUGUCAGGACUACUGAUGAUGCCUUGCUUGGGCACUUGGGUGGUCAUACUAACGAACGCCACGGUCACGAAGUAACUGGGUGGACUGUGGUGAACAAGAGUUAG